AUGAAUAAUGAUAAUAAUGCUCAAGAUCACUUGUUGCGGCAAGACGAUCCGCAACAGCAGCAAGCAAAUAAUAAUUCAAAUUAUUUCUUCUCAAAUGUUCCUCUGGGCCCGUACGGUCAUUUUCUGCCUCAGGAACAGGAACCUUCUUUUGAGGUUGGCUGGCUAGACCAGUAUCAAGCCCCUGUCACGCAACCCACCACUGGUUUUGAUCAUGUCAACCCUAGCUGGCAGGACACACCAUUGCAGCAAAUAAAUCCAACCUCAAAUCCUAAUUUUCAAUUACAACCUGGGAACUAUGGAAGAAGCUCAUUUUCCCAUAGCCCCGCUUCUUUUAGUCCUUCACCCUAUCAAAAUCAGUUGGGUCAUCCCUUCGUGGCUCCUCCAUAUGAUGGCGCUGCUACUUUUGGAGAUAUUCACUCCCCGGUCCGACAACCAGUUGCUGCAGCGGAGCCUCUGUCAUUUUCCGCGUCAAGUAAUCACGGGCCUACCAUCUCCCCUCAUGCGUUACAGCAAAGCCCUAAUCAAUAUGCGGACCCGUCCGUCCUCCAUCCAGGAUUCCAGGUGCCAGCUCAGAGGCCGACUAAUGAAUAUGUCUCAGCAAAUGCCUCCAACUUUCGUCCCAUCUCUCCCGCUAAAGCCGUCAGACCUGUGGCCGCUGCUUCCCCAGUCCCUGUGCAGCAGGCUUCUCAAGCAGAAGCUGGCAAGAGUACUCCAAGGUUGGAGGGCAGUCCUCCAAAGCAAGUGUACAAACUUCCACCAUUCAAGCCUUACGACAAUGGAAAGGCGGAGUUUGUAAUUGCCGACUUAGCUCAAAUCACCGCUACUACAAAUUCUCAUGCUUUGAAUAAAUUUCUCGCUUUGGGAAAGGAACCCAUCAAUCUAGAUACCUCCAAGAGUAUGUAUCAUAAUAGCAAAUACAUGAAUCACAACAUCAAUAAACAAUCUGACGAUCUCAACUCAGCAACCCUGCCCAGAUGGCAGCGUCGUCUAUCCAGAAAUGAAAUUAAGCGUCGAACUGGUCUUGCGCCAAGUCAAGCGAAACAGGCUCAUACGAAGAAAACCAAAGCAGCAAAGGAGGUUGCAGCGCGUACUAACAAAGCAGAUGCUCCAUCUCAAUUUACCACGGAAGCCAAGGACGAAUCCUCGGAGUCAUCAAGCGAAUCAGACGAAGAUGAGUCCGAAUACUCGUCCUCCGAGGAAGAGGAACCCGAAGACCCACUUCCCAAAAUGCGUCCUGUAGAUGCAAGAGAAGGAAUGAAAUGGGAUGUUGGGAAAGCUGUAUUUCUGACUCGGUCGCGUCCGGCAUCAGGAAAUGAAAUCCGUGAGGCCCUCAAGAAGAUUUGGGACAUCAUGCUCAUUGUACGGGAUAAAUGGAAGGCCGCUUUAUUCGCCGUAAAGCAAGCCGAAGAAAAGAAGAAGCCAGAACUUCCAAAACUAAAAGAGCAACUCAAGUCACAACGAAAUCUUGUUGAAGCGGCAAUUCAAGCCACAUCUCAAUACGGACAUCCAGAUGUUAUCAAAGUGCUUGGGCAAAAUAAACCCUUGUUGUUGUUCCUCUAUCAAAUGCUAGGUGACCGCGUCAGGGAGGCUGAUUACGACGCUACUAUAUGCGUAGCCAUCCUCGAGUUACUCACUCAUUGCGGAAUAAAUGAAAUUACGCUCGCUGAGACAAAACUUGACAAAGUCAUGCUGCGGUUUUCGAAGAAAGGAAAUGAUACGGCGAAAAAGUAUACGCAGAUCAUCUUGGAUAAUGCUGCAGCCGAAACUAAACGAAAGGCGGAAACCGUCAAGCCCAACACUGCAUCUGUACCGAAAGAGAAAGAUGGUAAAGGUCAAACGUUACCAGUCAUCAGACCUGCCGAAGCUGUGGUUGGGGUUAAGCGAUCCAGAGAAGGGGAAGGAAAGGUUGAACCGCCACAAAAAAGGGCAGCGACAACUCUCACUCCGGCUGCAUCCACGACCACAGCUGCUACUAAGAAUGGAACUGCAUCUGCAAAGCGGGCCAUCACCCCUAAUGCGGAAGCAAAACCGCAAAUUACUGCCACUACUUCAAUAACUGCGAAGCCAAAACCGAGCCAAGCCGCAGCCAGACCGUCAGGGUUCUUUUCAAGUCUGGCAUCAGCUUCGAAGAAGCCUGGCACGUCUAAUGCAGCCCUUGCGGCAGCGCAAAAGAUGCAGCAGAAAGAUAGCCAGAUUGUAUCCGAGAAAAAGCCAGCAGCUCCAGCACCUCCUCCGAAACCAGCGUUUUCUUUCGCUGAGACCAUGGCUAAUUUGACGAAGCCCAAAGAACCUGAACCUUCAGCUAAGCCCGUAGAUAAGGGUCCUCCGGAAACUGAAGAACAGAGGCGUAAACGUAUCCGCAAGGAGGAGCGUCGGAAGCUUCGAGUAUCCUUUAAGCCGGAAGGCACUCUUGUAGAAGUUCGCUUAUUCACUCAUGACCCCGAAGAAGAAAUCGGCCACGAAGAUAGUAUGAUGCGAGACGUAGGCGAUGUCGGCGGAGAAGGGAGAAUGUUCAAGCAGCACAAAGACAUGGAUGUCAUGGACGAAGAUGAUGAACCUGUUAUUGAACAACAGUUCCGAGCUCAUGAGCCCAUUUUGAUGGUCGACUUUGAUGUUAUUGAUCCUGAGGAGCGGCAGCGAAAUUAUUGUUCCCGCAGUGGACUCAGGACGAUAGAGAGUCAGGAGCGUAACGUGCAGGAGCAACGUGAAACAACUUCUUUGUCUGUCAUUUAUACCUCACCUGAAGACAUUCCGCCAUCACCUCGCGAGCCAUCAGAACCGUUUGUUGGUACAAAUAAAGAGCCAACUGAGUUUGGCGCGCCUUCAGAUUUAGUCAAGGAGAGAGAAGCUUUGGUUCUGACCAGAAAGUUUUCUGCUUCCAAAAAACAGCAACAGCAGCAGAAGGAACAACAACAACAACAACAACAACAACAACAACAACAACAACAACAACAACAACAACAACGUGUAACAUCUCAAUCUCAACCCAGUCAAGCGCCCUCUGUCCCUGCGGAUAACGGUGGCAUUUCUGCAAUCUUGCAAGCACUAAGUGGCGUCCAAGCACAACCGCAAGCACAACCUCAACCUCAGCUGCAACAGCAACCCUUUCAGAGACCCGCGAGCGAACUUGAGAAGGUUUUCGCCAUGUUUUCCAAUCCUGGCCUGCAACAGCAGCAACAGACUUCGACCCCUCCGCCGCUGCCUCCACAGCCGACUGUCCCGCAACCGGCUGUCUCCCAAGGCUUCGAUCUAGGAGCGUUGCUUGCCUCAAUUCCUCAGCAACAGCAGCAGCAGCAGCAGCAACAAGCUCAAACUCCGCAGGUGCCCCAGAUGCCUCAGCUUCAAGCCAUUCUCGCCUCGCUUGGACAGCAACCUCAACAAGCCCCACAACAGCCAUUCCCUGGUUUUGGUUUGCCCAACUUCAAUCAAGCUGGCCAGCAGCAACAACAACAGCAGAAUCAAUUUCCCUGGCCAGGCUUCCCUGCAAUGGGUGGUAAUAUGGGAACGAACAUGGAUAGUGGCAGUGGCGGGCGAUCCACUCAAGAUGAUCGGAGUCAUAGUCAUGCUGGUGGUAAUGAUUGGAGAGGCCCAACUAUGAAUGGAAAGAUUACAAAGUCCGGAAAACCCAUCAAGAUGAGCAAGUACAAACAACUACCUUGCAAAUUCUGGAAAGAAGGCAAAUGCAAAAAGGGCGACGAUUGCUCGUUCCUGCACGACGAGAAAUAUUAA